AUGAUUCACAACGCCAUUCCAUCUUCUCUACAACAUCUAGUCAGGAAGAUGUCUAGCAAUGCUUCUGCUUUAUCUCCUAUUGAACAAGCUAAGAGAGCUGCAGCUCUAGCCUGCUUCAAGAAUCACAUUAAGAGUGGAGAUCGUAUUGGCGUUGGCUCCGGAUCUACAGUGAAGUAUCUAGUAGAACAUAUCAAGACAGGGCUCGAGUCAGGAACCUUAAAAGAUAUUGUUUGUGUUCCAACGAGUUUCUUAACAAGGAAAUGGCUAAUGGAUGCCGGUAUACCACUUACUGAUCUUGAGAUGACCCCUGAACUAGAUGUUUGUAUUGAUGGAGCGGAUGAGAUCGAUGUUAACUUGACACUCAUCAAAGGCGGAGGUGGCUGUUUAGCAAGAGAGAAGAUUGUUCAAUUCGCUUCCAAGCAUUUCUAUGUUAUUGCUGACCACACCAAAGAAUCCGUGAAACUUGGAGAACAUUAUUCCAAGAUUCCGAUAGAAGUGCUUCCUUUUGCCGUGCAACCUUUGUUGAGAUCGAUAGCAAAGAUGGAAGGAGGAGAAACUUCUCUUCGCAUGGCAACCAAUGUAUGUGCUCCUGCCCUUACUGACAAUAAUAACUAUAUAAUUGAUUGGACAUUUGAUAAAUCGAAAACAUAUGAUUGGAUUGGUGUCCAUAAUCGCAUUAUUAACUUACCAGGAGUCGUAGAAACUGGGUUAUUCUUUGGAGUCGUGAAGAAGGCCUACUUAGCUUUCCCUGAUCUUACAAUUAAAGAACUUGAAGCUAAGCAUUAG